AUGGUCGACUUCUACUCCCUGUACCUCCAGCAUGCGAGCCCGCAGGACCUAUCCGGCGUGAUCGUAGCCCACCCGCUCCUCUUCGACAAACUUUACCGCCUGUUUCGCCGCGCGUCCCUGACGUCAAAGGAGGUGCUGCGGCGGGAUCUCGAGAAGGCCCUCAAGAACCUCGGAGUCCCCAGCUUCGAGCUUCUCUUCCAGUGCCGCGCACUCUUCCUCCCGGCCCAACCGGGGGGCCUCAUGACGGGCACAAAACUAACAGGGGGUCUCAUUCCGGGCGUAAAAUACAUCGGCGGUCUCAUUCCAAACGGCACCAUCGUGGAGAGGGGGUUCCCGACGGGAGCCUCACCGCAGGGGGGCGGUCCUGAGGCGGCCGCAUCAGCCCCCCCGAGGGAGCGCGCAUCGGUGGCGGCCCUGGGGGGGCGCAUCUGA